AUUAUUUGUUGUGUGCUUACCAUUGAGAUAACUUGUGCGUACAUUAAACAUGGCUAAGUUUAUGAUUGUUGCGUUGGCCCUUGUGGCAAUUGCGGCGGCGUAUCCAGGAUACGGAGCGGGCGGUAGCUCUGGAGGAUUUGGUGGUAGCCAUGGCGGAUACGGUAGUGAACAUGGCAGUGGUGGUGUCGGUGGUGGCCACGGCGGCCACGGCGGUGGUCAAGGCUCUGGCAUCGGUGGGGGCCACGGCGGCGUUCACGGUGGAGGCCACGGCAGCGGUGUUGGAGGCGGUCACGGCGGCGGAUUUGGCCACGAAGGUGGAUUCGGCGGCAGUAGUCACGAAGGUGGAUUCGGCGGCAGUGGUCACGAAGGUGGAUUCGGUGGUUCUCAUCAUGGUGGUUUCGGAGGUGAUCAUGACGGCGAUUUCGGUCAUGGUGGCAGUCACGGCAGUCACGGCAGUCACGGCAGUCACGGCAGUCACGGCAGUCACGGCGGUCACGGCGGUCACGGUGGUUUCGGUGGUGACCAUGGCUUCGGUGGAGAACACGGUGAACAUGGCGGUUUCGGUCACGGCAGCCACGGCAAAUACUAACGAACUCCGUAAAUUAUUUAAAGUAAAAUAUUUGUGAUAUGUAAAUAUACUUGUUUAAAAAAAUAU